GGUGAACGGGCUUCUGGUGUGCAGCUCCGCCGCGGAUCAAAGGGUGACGUGACUCGGCUUUGAUCGGUCUUCUUCACGAUACAGUCAUACGUUCUACAGACAUUUAAAGGAUGGAUUUGGACGUGGUGAACAUGUUCAUCAUUGCCGGCGGGACGCUGGCGAUCCCCAUCCUGGCUUUUGUAGCCUCCUUCCUGCUCUGGCCUGCAGCUCUCAUUAAAGUGUAUCACUGGUAUUGGCGCAGAAGGCUGGGAAUGCAGGUGGAUUAUGCUGAAUAUGAAGGAUAUCGCUUCUGUUACUCUCACAGAGGGACUCCAGGCACCCGUCCGUCCGUCCUCUUGUUACACGGCUUCUCUGCACACAAAGACAUGUGGCUCGGUGUGGUCAAGUUUCUUCCUAAAAAUAUGCACCUGGUGUGUGUUGACAUGCCGGGACAUGAGGGUACUACCCGCAGCAGUGCUGUGGAUUACUCCAUCGAGGGCCAAGUUAAACGGAUACAUCAGUUUGUGAAGAGUAUCGGUUUGAACAGAAAGCCCUUCCAACUGAUCGGCACGUCCAUGGGAGGAAACGUGGCUGGAGUUUAUGCCUCCCGUCACCCGUCUGAUCUGUGCGGCGUCACGCUCAUCUGUCCAGCAGGUCUCCAGUAUCCCACUGAAAGUACGUUUGUUCAGCGUUUGAGGGAACUGGAGAAAGCUCAGGACAGUGACGGGAUCCCGCUGAUACCCUCCACACCAGAAGAGAUGGAGGAGAUGCUCAAACUGUGUUCCUAUGUGCGCUUUAAGAUCCCUAAACAGAUUCUUCAAGGACUGGUUGACGUUCGUAUUCCUAAUAAUGACUUCUACCGCGAGUGUUUCAUGGAGCUUGUCGGAGAGAAAUCCAGACACUCUUUACAUGAGAACAUGCAUCUCAUUUCAACUCCUCUACAAGUUAUUUGGGGGAAAAACGACCAGGUGUUAGACGUGUCUGGGGCUUCAGUUCUGGCCAAAGCCAUCCCAGGAUCUCAGGUUCAUCUGCUAGACAACUGUGGUCAUUCAGUAGUGAUGGAGCGGCCGAGGAAAUCCGCCCAGCUCAUCAUGGACUUUAUCAUCGCACAACAGAACAGCAACAAGAAACUGUCCUAAAACUGGACUUCAUAUAUCUUUAAUAUGUGGCUUCAUGGUUGGUUGAAGGUUAAGGAUCUCGCUGCAAACCUAAAAGUUGCUGGGUUGAUCUUGAGAGAAGGUGAAGCAGAGAUCUGCAAGAUACAGAUUGAUUACUCUUUGUUGUAAGUCAAUGCAGUUUGUGCACAGAAAGAUGCUUUGGAUCAAAGACUCUUAAAAAGCAACAAUAUAUGAUUUUACUGUGGAAGCCUGUUUCCGCCUCUGAGUAAAAAAUAAAAAAGGGAAUUGUGACUUUUUAUCUCACAAU